CGUCUGGCGGGAGGACGUAUACACGCAACGACAAUGACGAUAAUCAAGCUUUCGGCUCUGCUGCUGCUCCUGGUAGCGACUCUGUGGGGCCCCAGUCGCCAAGAAGCGGCCAAGGAAGGCUCCAGCAGCGGGGUCAAAAAGGCAGAGCCCAUGUCGGGAGGCAUCGCUUUGCCCGACCUCUACCUGUGGAAGGACUCCGGCCUGAUAAGCGACCUGUCCCUGACCGAUGCGCCUCACGCGCUCCUGGACGUCCAAUACGCUGACGUACUCGUGUCGGAACUCAACAAGACGUACACGCUCGAACAGACGCAGAGCGCUCCACAGGUUAGGCUUAGGGGCUACCUCAGGUGCGGCUCUCCGUACUCGCUGCUCAUGGUCGACCCGGACGCGCCUAGCCGGAAGAAUCCCGUGAAGCGAAGUUGGCUCCACUGGAUGGUGCUCAACGCGCCGAGCAGCGACAAAUUUCACGAAGGCGACGUCGUCAUGCCGUACAAUGGUCCGAACCCUCCCAAAGGGUCAGGACCUCACCGGUACGUGUUCUUGGUCUACUGCCAGGACGGAGCGCACGUGAACAAGGACGAGAUGACGCCCAAGGAAAGGCCCAGCUACAACGUCGCCAGAUUCGCCGAGAAACUGGCCACGAAGAUGCCAAUAGCGGGCUGCUUCUAUUACGUCGAGAAAGUCUGA